UUGGACACAGUUGGGUACGUUCACCGUGCAGACGGACAGCUGCAGGUACCUGCUGUCUGAACACGAAGGAGACCGAACGGUGGAUGUAACACUGGGAUUAAAAGGUGGAGAAUGAGCUGUGGACGAGUUUAAACACCUUUGUGUGUGUGCGUGCACAGGUGAACAGUUGCUCCAUGUGAACCCCAGCGAGAGACCGUGAACUGCCCACGAGGACGACCAUGAAGCGCAACAAGCAGAUCGACAUCAAGCUCGCCCUCGCUCUGGCUGGCACCUUUAACUUCCUGUGCUGCUGUGCCCGAGCCUGCCUGCUGCCCUUCCUCACGCUGUACUUCAGACAGCUCGGCCUCUCUCCGGCGAUGACGGGCAUCGUCAUGGGAACCAAACACCUCAUAACGCUGGUCUGGACGCCCGUGGCGAGCCUGCUGUCCAAACACUACAACAAGAGGCGAGCGGUGAUAACCGGCUCUCUCGUGUGCUCGGCGGCGGUCGCUCUGGUUCUGCUGCUCAUCCCGCCGACAGAUGUGGGCGCACGGAUCGGCAACUGCAACAAGUCUGAGCUGAGUCCAACACAAAGUUCAGGUGGUAACCUGAUCGAGAGUAGCGGCGGACCGACCACGACAGUUCACCCAAAAACUCUUGGCGUCACGACGCCUCCUGACACAAAGUCCGCUCUGAGCAGAACUUCAGUGUAUCGCCUGUCACCAGAUAACAUAACUACAUCAGUCAACGACAGUCUUGGAGAACCAUCGAUUGGUGCUCCCAUCGUGAACCAGACCACCAACUCUGUGGCAGCUCCGGUGAGGAACAAAAGGUCAACAGAGGAGGCGACGGAGAAGACACACUUCGACUUUCUGGGCAGCCUGAAGGCGAUGGACCCUCAGCACCAACUCUUCUUCUUGAUCCUCAUCACCGUGUCGCUGUUUGAGUCUGCGUCCGCCCCUCUGGAGUGGACGGCGGACGACGGCUUGUAUGAAUAUCUGGACUAUGCGGACGCUUCUGACCGCUACAGCAGCACUGGUGUCUGGGGUUUACUCGGAGCGGCGUUCGGCGUCGGAGGAGCUGGUUUGCUCGUCAGCCAGUUGAGCUGCUUCAUCGCAGAUCAGACGCCUCGGAGUGCGGUGCAUUUCUUCUGCUACGCCGCCGUGGCAGUUUUAGCGCUGCCCGUGGCAUCCUACCUCCCGUUGUACCUGAAUAAGAAGCGAGACCGAGCCAACGGGCUCCUCAAAGCCAUGCAGCUGGUUCGCAACUCCCCUCGCGCCCUACUCUGCGCAGCCACCACCCUGCUGGUCGGGGUCGCCACCUCGGCGGUGGAUAACUUCCUCCUGUGGCAGAUGCAGGAUCAUGGGGGCACUGAGCUCCACAUGGGGAUGUCUCUUGCCCUCGCUCUGCUCUCACAAGCCAUCUAUCCUCUUCUAGCCAGCCGUGUGUCAAAGCUCCUCAGCCCGGGACGGGUACUAGCCAUCGGUGCUGCCAGUCUCGGGUUGCAGUGCUUCUACUACUCCUUCCUCUGGGGGGCGUGGGCGGCGCUUCCUGCUCAGGUGUUGAGCUGUUUCAGCAGUGGUGCCCUCUGGUGGGCGGUGAAAGUGCAGUGUGACGAUGUCGCCACGCCGGGGGCUGAGAGGAGCGUGAGGAGGAUCUACACCGCUCUUUCUGUACACUUGGGGAGCGCGUUGGGGAGCUUUGUAGGAGGUUUAGUGGUGCAAAGGUUCGGGCUGGCGUGGCUGUUCAUCGGGGUGGCGGUGGGUUUGAUGCUGUGGUGUGUCUGCCUGCCUGUCCUCCAGUGGAAAGCCCCUCGCCAACGCAGGAUUAACUAUUCCCGCCUUUUGGCGGCCGAUGCUAGCGAAGCCAGCGACUCUGAGUCUGAACAGGAGAGGGACUGGCUCGAUAAAGCGAUGGAAGACGACCGAGGCAAUAACAACCAUGCACGGAGGGCAUACCACUGAUCCACCUUUAAAAAUGAACAUUUGCAUAAGUAAUCAAUUUCCUUACAAAGCACACAAGACAGCAGGAUGAUGGGAGGGCAAACGACGACUGAAACACUGACUGUAAACACAACACCUGUGCACAAGGCGAGACUGAACUUGACCACGCCCGCUGAGUUCUUCAUCUGAAGUUUGUUGUCUUGUUGUUGGACUCUCUGUGAGCCGAUGAAGCGCUUAAACACUGAUCAGCCCUCAGUCGGUUUGUGUAUUCAACUGCAGCACAUUCGAACUGUGAGAUUCUCGCGUGAACGUACACGGACAUCCGUGUUUGCUUCCCUGUCAGUGUUUGUCUAACCUGUAUUUCAAAGUGAGCUUGUUUAUCAUACCUCGUGUCAAACUGCUGCACCUCAGGCUGAUAGAAACACAUGUGGAUCACAUGUGGAGCCUAAUUUAAAGUUUGUGUGUCUCAGUUCAGAUACUUCUUUUAGUACUCUUCUAUGUAGUACACUGGUGUACUUCCUCAAUUCGAUUAGGCCAUUGUGAACUUACCACAAAUGACAUUUUCACAACAUUUUACUUUAAUUGCAACCGCGCCGGCCAUUAGUGCCAACGUUGGACUGCAGAAAUAUAAAUAUAAAACAUAUGCACAACUUGGGGUUGAUCGUUGCCGCAGUAGCAGAGUUCGACUCCGACCUAUGGCCCUUUGCUGCAUGCCACCCCUCCAUCACUCUCCAGCUGUAUCCUUCAAAUAAAGCCCCAAAAAAUAUCUUUAAAAACAUUUGUACAACUUAGAUUUGUACUUUCAGCUCCAGCAGGUGUCAUUUUCACAAUGCCGGUCAUCCCUUGUCUUCCACUUCGUAGCCAAAAAUGGCGACCAUUGGGAAUUAACAGGAAUUUAUGGGAAUAAACAGGAAGAAACUGGGAAUUUACUAAUCUAUUUUAGCUUAACUUCCCAUGGUUUCCAAUUAUAUAAUGGAAAUUUACCAGAAACCUUGUAAUCCUAGUGUGGAAGUACUUGUUUUACUCCUUAAAUCUUGCUUUAGAUUGUUGAUACGGCGCUGUCAUUACCUCAACACUCCCGAGUUUCAUCCUGAACUCUGUAGUACACUGAAGUGAAACCUAACAGCUAAAAGUAUGUAUUUCUACUUCAUAUCGAAGUACACAAACUGACACAGUCCAACCUGAAACAGUGUCAAAGUGUCAAAAACAAGACGACGGCGUCUCGAGCCACCACACGCUGUGCUUCUCAGUGGCUCAUCUGAAUACACUGUCCGUUCCUUACACUGUCAUUGAUUUCAGCAUCAGCAGCCUAAAUAAAUAUUUGCUUUCGUUCCUUCAGGCGUGAAUCUGUCUCUGCUUUGGAAACUGUAUCGACUCUUUAAAUAUCUUUCUUAGUCUGUCAUGUAUUGUGGCUGAAUCUGCACACACAGCUUGAGCAAUCCAUGAAUGAAUGAAUAAACGCAGACGUCCCUCGGCGGUGUCGGACGCUCCAUGCAGACGGAUGCACGCUGCACUCUCCCAAACAUCUGGCGUGGCCCCGGCUGCAUGAUAUCAAGUCAUCCCCCAGUAUGUCGCCGUAAACAGCUGAACUCAAUCAGGCGAGAUGGAAAAUUGAUGAUGAAAGACAGCUCGAUUCCCCUGUGGAGAGCGCCGCUGUGGUGGUUAGAGCGCAGCGGACCAUUGAAAAGACAGAUGUUUGUGAUUUA